GUACCAAGGGAAAAUAAAAUGAGCAACCCGGCCCGGAAGAGACGCUCUUAACGUCAAUCUAUUUUGAAGGAAGAAAAACAAGAUCCGAUCUCUAAAACUUGAACAGAGAGGAUCACGAAGAUGACGAAGAGAUUUGAAUUCAACUGGCAGAUCGAAGUGCCGGAAGCACUUCGUAAUGGAUGCGUCUUCGAUCGAUGGUCUGAAGAGAAGGACAAUACAGAGCUUGAGAUGAACUGUAUGUUCAAGGCCGACGAGUACGGUUUUUUCAUUUAUUGGCAGAGCGAAGGAAAGGACGGUGAUGUGUUAGAACUGUGUCAAGUGAGCGAUAUUCGUGCUGGUGGUGUGCCAAAGGAUCCAAAGCUGUAUGAUAAGUUAGUUGCCAAACAUAGCGAACAGCUAGAUGAAAAAAGUUUGACCAUCUGUUCAGGCGUCGAUUAUACCAACAUCAAUUACCAGCACGUCGUUUGUCCGGAUGCUAAGACCGCCAAGGUAUGGUUGGAUGGUGUACGAUCGAUUACACACAACGUGAAAGGCAACAACUUUUGUCCACUAACAUGCUUGAAGAAACAUUGGAUGCGAUUGAGAAUGUUGGUGGAUCCAAAUGGAAAAGUGCCAGUGAGAGUGGUUGCGAGGACUUUCGCGUCUGGGAAAACUGAAAAGCUCGUUUAUCAGUGUCUGUCUGACUUGAAUCUCCCGAGUGGAAAGAAUGACGUUAUAGAACCGGAAGAUUUUACUUUCGAUGCAUUUUACGCUCUUUAUCAUAAAAUAUGUCCAAGGAAUGACAUAGAAGAGCUCUUCCAAUCUAUAACACAAGGAAAGGCGGAUACGAUAAACCUCGAACAGUUGAUUACCUUUCUCAACGAAAAACAACGUGAUCCAACAUUAAACGAAAUUCUUUAUCCACUAUACGACGAGAAACGAGCCUUAGAAAUUAUCUACGAUUACGAGCAGAAUGAAACUGCCCGAAAUCAAAAAACGAUGACGAAGGACGGCUUUAUAAGAUACUUGAUGUCGGAUGAGAAUGCACCAGUUUUCUUAGACAGAUUAGACGUUUAUAUGGACAUGGACCAACCAUUGGCGCAUUACUAUAUCAAUUCGAGCCAUAACACGUAUCUGAGUGGUCGUCAGUUUGGUGGAAAAAGUAGCGUUGAGAUGUACAGACAAGUUUUGCUUGCAGGUUGCAGAUGUGUUGAGCUGGAUUGCUGGGACGGUAAAGGUGAAGACGAGGAACCAAUAAUAACGCAUGGUAAAGCAAUGUGUACUGAUAUACUUUUCAAAGACGUCAUUUAUGCCGUCAGAGAUACCGCCUUUGUAACAUCUGAGUAUCCAGUGAUACUAAGUUUCGAGAACCACUGUAGUAAAAAACAACAAUACAAAUUAGCAAAGUAUUGUGACGAGAUUCUAGGAGAUCUAUUAUUAAGAGAACCCAUCAAGGAUUUCCCUCUGGAACCAGGUGUACCAUUGCCUUCACCUAACUUACUGAAACGAAAGAUUUUGAUUAAAAAUAAACGACUGAAGCCCGAAGUUGAAAAACAAGAACUCGAACUAUUCAAGCAAGGGCAGUUUGUUAUCGAAGAUGAGGUUAAAGAAGAUGCAAGUGCGCCACCUGUCGUAGCUGCUGUCGUUGAACAGCAACCUUCGAAGGAUGAAACUUCGACUGAUUCCCUUACGUCAUCUACUACCGGUGUUCCGCAACAACAAUCUGGCAGUGGUCCAACUGGUCUUGGCGAAAGUUUGGAACUUGCUGUAGCUCAACCAUAUACCGGAAGUACAACGAACGUUCAUCCGUGGCUUUCUUCCAUGGUCAAUUACGCUCAGCCUAUCAAAUUUCCGGGUUUUGACGUUGCCGAACAAAAGAACAUACACCAUAACAUGUCUUCCUUUGCGGAAACGGCUGGACUGAAUUAUUUGAAGACAUCAGCCAUCGAAUUUGUUAAUUAUAAUAAACGUCAAAUGAGCCGAAUAUAUCCGAAAGGUACUCGAGCGGAUUCCUCAAAUUAUAUGCCACAGGUCUUCUGGAACGCCGGUUGUCAAAUGGUGUCACUGAACUUUCAAACAGCGGAUUUGCCAAUGCAACUAAACCAGGGCAAGUUCGAAUAUAAUGGAUCCUCAGGGUAUCUCCUCAAACCGGAUUUCAUGAGACGUGCUGAUAGAAGUUUCGAUCCGUUUGCUGAAAGUCCAGUUGAUGGAGUAAUCGCUAUACAAUGUAGCGUACAGGUAAUAGCGGGCCAGUUCCUUUCGGACAAAAAGGUUGGUACAUACGUUGAAGUUGAAAUGUAUGGUCUACCAACUGACACAAUAAGAAAAGAAUUCCGUACGAGAGUUGUACCAGCGAAUGGCCUUAAUCCGGUGUACAACGAAGAGCCAUUCCUCUUUAGAAAAGUCGUCUUACCGGAUUUGGCUGCUCUUAGAUUCGCUGUUUAUGACGAAUCAAACGGAAAACUUCUUGGCCAAAGAAUAGUUCCUUUAGACGGUUUGCAAUCUGGCUAUCGUCAUAUAUCUCUACGUACUGAAGCAAACUUUCCUAUGUCCCUUCCUAUGCUCUUUUGCAAUAUAGAAAUAAAGAUCUACGUACCGGAUGGUUUCCAAGAAUUUAUGGACGCCUUAACCGCACCUCGUGCUUUCAAAAAAACUGAGAGUAUGUCGCAAAAUAAAAUGCGUGGACUUGGAAUUGAAGAGAGUGACAGUAAAAGUAGUUCCAAUUCUAUGCCCUCUAAGCAUCAAGAAGCUGCAAAACCUAGAGAGGAAAUUAAAUUCGAUCCGAUAACUGUGGAAUCAUUGAAAUUAGAGAAGGGUUAUCAAAAGAUUUUAAGAAAACAUCAAAAGGAUUUGGAAUCUUUGAAGAAGAGGCAUCAGAAAGAAAAGGUGUCUUUACAAAAGCAGCACUGCGUUGCAAUAGAAAAAAUCAUCAAAGGGAAGAAUAAAUCAGAAUUAUCGAGUGAUCCGAUAGUACGACAAGCAGUGAACGAACAGACAGGUCAAUGGUCUCGUCUGGCAGAUAGACAACGUCGUGAGGAACGUGAUCUUGUACGAGUUCAUUUCGAGGAACGUCGAAUCCAAUUAAGGAAAUUAUGUAUGGCAGCACAGGGAGCACAACAGAAACAGUUGACAGCGAGACACGAACGGGAAAUCAAAGAGAUGAAUGCCAGACAGGCGAAGUUAUCUGUAGAGAGUAUGCGAGAGGUGAUGAACGAUAAGACCUUGAAGACACGUGGUAUCAAAGAGGGUAGGCUUAGGGAGAAACAGCAAAACAAUACGAAGAAAUUCAUGGAGGAACGAAAGAUUGCACAGAUGAUACAGAACAGGGAGAAGGAGAAGCUCAAGGUCAUACACGAGAAACAAAUGGAGGAACUACAGAAAGAUAUGAAUGCGAUAAUGGAUGUAUACAAGAACGAAGAAAUGGAAUACGAAUUGGGACCGAAGACAGAAUUUUACGCGUGAUUUGAUUUCGAUGUUGUAUCAAGUAAUAGUUCCAAGUCACGUGAUCGUCCAUAAGGGACGAGUAUUCUUUUAGAAAUUCUUAACUAUAUCGGAUACACGCUGUAUCAGUAAUUAUAAUUGGAAUUGGGAUCAAGCAUAAUUAGUUGUCGUUCUCGAAUCACUCAUCGUUCAUUUCGUAGCUACAAGAACGUUGGGGGAUACGAUAUGGACAAGUUAAUCAAAACCUAAUGUACCUAGUUAAUUGUUCUGAAUAUUUUUUUAUAAAAAAAAAGGAAAGAAAAAUGCAAACAAAACAAAAAAAUGUGACAGAAAGAAA